GGAACAUCGAAGCUCGCGCACCAGCUUCCGCGUUCCAACGGCGCACAAGCGCACACGAACACGGAGAGAUACGAUACACGCCCACACGCUCAGCAGGCGACACAGACGCAACCGAAAGCUCCGCGUUUUGCGAACACCCGUCGUCGGCUGGCUGGCCUGGCUUCAGUAAGCUGGGAGCUUUCGACCGAUCCAGCAGUCGCCGAUUCCUCGUCCACCCCAUUGCGCGCGUACUCCGUUCGCCAGUCGAUCGUACCGUUGACAUGUGCGUGAGGAGGAAGCGACCGUGAAUUGAAAGGAACUAUACUAGUCGAGCGACCACGACUCGGGACAUCGAUUGGAAUCUUUCUAAAGCGUAACAGAGAUCGCUGACAGGAGAUGUGAUGCAGCGACUGGCGAUUGUUCUUGCUAUUGUCCGGGGAAGUGAAUCGGCUUAACAGUUAGAUUCGUUUUACGGGGAAGCAGUUGCGGUCGCGUUCGUCGUGUAAGAGACGAUGCGAUAUACGAAUACUGUUGAACAAAUGUAUUACAUCGUCGAUUGCGGAGCGGACAGUUAAUCUUCCGGCCAAGUAUGUUUCAAGAACGUGUGACGAAAUAAUGGUUAAAAAGGAAAAUAUAAGGAACAUCUUGGGAAGUGUCUCAUAAGAACGUCGAAGCAAUCCUUGACGCUCACGUAAUCGAGGCUGGUGACAUCGUUCCGGGAGCACCGGCGGCACAGCCAGGAUCAUGAGGAGCAGGACGAACAGCGUGCACGGUGCAGCGAGUACCGCCUCGAGAUCGAUUAGAAGACCGCGGAAUCAGCUCGAUUAUUAUAACGUAGAGCAGCGAUUAAUAACGAGAGACAUUGUCCCGCGUUACUGUCGGUUUUGAUUUCCAAACUUCCGAGCCGAAAAUAACAACCAUCGGUGGUCGUCUGAUCGAGAACGGUGCGUUCCACUGCGGUUUUUACGGGCUCAUUUUACGACUGUUCUCAAAGCUCCGUUGGCGUGUUAAGAAAACGAGGAGUGCGAAUCGAAGUUGAUCUUCGUUGGAUCGAGACCGGUACUAUUUUCAGGGCUCUCGCGUGAACAACGAAGAGAGAGGAAAACGAGGGAAAACGUGCCUCGAAUAACGGAGGGUUCGAUUCCUGACACGAAUAAACCGAAACCCAGCCGGGAAUAUCCAACGUGCCGAUUAUCCCAAGUCUAAUGAGAAAAAUAUUUGAACGUUCUUCGGCAAGUUAUUAUUAAGGACCACGGAGGACGGACGGGGCUGCACAAACGAUUAAUUCUCGGCCGAGUGCAGAUCCAGGGAUGCAGCAAAAGCGGCGAGCGCACACUUGAGAGACACGGUCGAAGAGGACGAACUCUCAAAGAGGCAUCGGCGCAGCGUGGCCUCGCGCGAUAUAGGUAAUACAUUGUGUAAUACGCGCGCGGGAAUGAUCGAUCCUACGAUCGCAGGAUCGCAAUACGAUUUCUGAAGGAUCGAGCGUAGUGGCUGUCUGUCUCGUAGAAAAACCGACGUUUAAAUUCUAUGCCAGGGGAACGAUCGUCCAGAGAAACGAAGACCCGUUUCCUGCCAAGAGGGAAAUGUUUUUCCAGAAGUUCGAGAAAAACAUCGUCGGCCACGCGAGGGUACCGCGCGGCUGGGACUCCCGACGACUCGGCGCGUCCCGUAAAGUUUAACAAAGCGCGGGGUUACAAUGCGAAGUGUCCUCUCACCUCGUUUUCCCAAAGGGUCCCGCGCGUUCAAGCCAACAGACGAUGCAGGCUACCGUCGCGACACUCAAUGGUAAUUAAUUCAGACGUAAGAUGAUAUGGAGUCCGAAGACGAAGUGGACGAAGAGUUGCCGGAGGCGAAACAUACAGAGGUGAAUCGGAACGAUGAUAUAGAAAAGUUCGAGACGAUGAAAAUUUCGACGAAACCUACGUCCUCGAAGUCGCCGGAGCGAAGCGAGUGCCAGUUGGUGCGUUCGCCGAAUCCGAGAGGAUCGGAACCCGCUUCGAGCGUCGAUCCUGAUAAGCCGCGGAGAGAAUCAAAAUUAUCUUUAAGUACCAGCAUCAAGACUGACGCGAAGGACAACGAUAUCGUCAGGAUCUGUAGGAACAAGAAGAUCACCUGCCAGGACACUAUUCACGAAUACGACGAGGACGAUGGACUCACUAUGGAGAGGGUCGGCAGGUAUCUCGAAGCGUAUCCGGAUGCGGCGGAGGCCUGGUUCCGCGAGAACGCCAGCCUCGAGCUUCGGCAACGGCUUCAAGGAUACGUCGUACCUCGGGCCAGGUCCCCGGCGAAGAGUAUACAACAGGAAGAGAAUCUUCUGAGUCGGAGCAAACGUAACAGCGUCACGUCCGAUCUGUUUCAAACUUGGCUGGCCUCUAGCUCGCCGGCGAAGCGAAGCAAAAGCCCAAGCAGGACGUUCUCGUUGAUGGGACGACGGGAAGAGCUGAACAGGCUGGACGAGAGCGAUCUUUUCAUGGAGCUGAUCAGGGACGUGGCCAACGAGCUGGACAUCAACGUUCUCUGUCACAAGAUACUGGUGAACGUUGGCUUGCUAACGCACGCGGACCGCGGAAGCCUUUUCCUGGCCAAGGGACCUUUGGAGGACAGGUAUCUGGUUGCCAAACUGUUCGACGUGACGCAAGACACGGAAUUGAACGAAGCCAUACAGAGAGCGAAGAACGAAGAGAUCAAGAUACCAUUCGGAGUCGGGAUCGCCGGCUACGUGGCUCAGACUAAGGAGAUCAUUAACAUCAAAGACGCUUACAAGGAUCCUCGAUUCAACAGUUCGAUCGACAUGAGAACCGGGUACAAAACGACGCUGAUUCUCUCGAUGCCCAUAUGCAAUUACGAGGGAGACGUGAUCGGAGUUGCACAGAUUAUAAAUAAGACUAACGGUAGCAACGAGUUUACCCGCAAGGACGUCGAGGUAUUUCAGAGAUAUCUGACAUUUUGCGGGAUCGGUAUACAGAAUGCGCAGCUCUUCGAGCUGUCCGUGCAGGAGUACCGUAGGAACCAGAUACUCUUGAACCUAGCCCGAAACAUAUUCGAGGAGCAGAACAAUCUCGAGUGUCUGGUCACGAAAAUCAUGACCGAGGCGAAGGAACUUUUGAAGUGCGAGAGAUGCGCCGUGUAUCUUCUGGAUCUCGAUUGCGGCGAGGCGGGACAUCUCGAAAAGAUCGUCGAAAGGCCGGGGAAGUCGACGCAGGAGACCCGGAAACCAUUGUCGAGGAGAGAGAGCAAUAAUAUCGAGAUAGAGGACAUUUUCCAACAACACCCAUCGAACGAGGCUAAUAAAUUUACCACGAUGUUUGAAAUGGACAACGAAUCUCAAGAAGCUAAAGUGUACAGACCUAGCGGGGCGGAUCUGUCGAACCCCCUGGGACAGAUCGCGAGGUACGUCGCCGCUACUGGUCAGAUUCUCAACAUCGGCGACGUGACCACGUGGCUUAAAAAGGACGUCGUUCAAUCCGGAAGCGAACCCAUCAAGAGCAUCCUCUGCAUGCCCAUAGCCAAUGGACAGAGGACGGUGAUCGGCGUCGCUCAAUUGAUCAACAAGGACAACGGGACGUCCUUCACGGACUCCGACGUAUCGAUCUUCGAGGCGUUCGCUAUAUUCUGCGGUCUCGGGAUCCACAACACGCAGAUGUACGAGUCGGCCUGCAAGCUGAUGGCCAAGCAGAAAGUGGCUCUGGAGUGUUUGAGCUAUCACGCGACGGCCAGCACAGACGACACGCAGAAAUUAACGAGCGAACCUAUACCUUCCGCGGAAUCCUACAAUCUCUACAGUUUCACCUUCAUCGACUUCGACCUCACCGACGAAGACACCUGCCGGGCAACGAUCAGAAUGUUCAAGCAAUGCGAUUUGAUUCAAAAGUUCCACAUUCCCUACGAGGUUCUUUGCAGAUGGGUUCUCAGCGUGAAAAAGAAUUACAGACCGGUGAAGUACCACAAUUGGAGGCACGCGUUGAACGUUGCUCAAACGAUGUUCGCGAUGUUGAAGACCGGUAAGAUGGAGCAAUUUAUGACCGACCUUGAAAUCCUCGGACUCUUGGUGGCCUGUCUAUGCCACGAUUUGGAUCAUCGAGGCACCAACAACGCGUUUCAAACCAAGACCGAAUCCCCGUUGGCUAUUCUCUACUCGACGAGUACUAUGGAGCACCAUCACUUCGAUCAGUGUGUCAUGAUUCUGAAUUCGGACAGCAAUAAUAUCUUCCAGAGCUUGUCCAUGGAGGACUACAGGAAAGUGAUGAAAGUUGUCGAGAGCGCGAUUCUUUCCACCGAUCUGGCGGUUUACUUUAAGAAGAAGAACAGAUUCAUGGAGCUGAUCGACGAGGGCGAGUUCGACUGGCAGAGCGAAGAGAAGAAAGAACUGCUUUGCGGAAUGAUGAUGACUGCCUGCGACGUAAGCGCGAUCGCGAAACCGUGGGACGUGCAGCACCGAGUCGCCAAACUGGUCGCGGACGAAUUCUUCGACCAGGGAGACCUGGAGCGUCUCCAAUUGAAUCAACAACCGGUCGCUAUGAUGGACCGCGAGAGACGGGACGAACUUCCUCAAAUGCAAGUAGGUUUCAUCGACGUGAUCUGCCUGCCGCUGUACAAAGUCCUCUCGGACACGUUCCCAUGGAUCAUGCCGCUAUACGAGGGCACCAUGGAAAACCGGAAGCACUGGCAGGACCUCGCCGAGAAGGUCGAAAUGGGUCUCACGUGGAUCGACCGCGACACCAUCGACGAACCCGUCGAAGAGUUCGUCUCCCUCGAGCCCAAGGACAUCGAGUUCACAGUUACGACAUUGAACUGCGCUCACGCGGACAAGAAAGAGGCGGCUCCCGACAAAUCCUCGUUAGGAAAGUUCGCUUCUCUAAGGAAAGGAAGCCGCACGUUGAGCAAAGGCGUCAGGCACCGGAUCAGUAGGUCGCUCUACGCUAGAAGCGCUCCCGAGGACCCCGCCAAAUCGAAGGCGUUGAUACCUGAAAGAAAGAGCCGCAACAAGUUGUGCCUCCUCAUUUGACGGCUUACCUCAUCGAGCACUCUCGAGAGCAUACCGGAAUGACGGAAGGAGAAACGAUCGCUCGUAGACACAAGGGAGUCUAUUAAAUUGCUGAUCUUCGACUAUUCUUUGGUCAUCGAUCCAUGAGCUUAGAAGUGACUCGGGGAAGAGAAUUUACGAAGAUAAACCGUGUGUACAAUGAAUGUACCGUGAAGGAGCACCGUAUAGUUACCCUGGGGGUUCUCCGGAAUUACCUACUCACCCUCGCCUCGUCUCGAGAAAUCAAAAAUUAAGUAGUAGGUACAGAAGCAAUGUACGAAAUCGACGUUUUUGCCACCGAACGGACGAAUAAGCGAGUCGAAGCUCGAAGCCUGCAGAUUUUAAUCGCAACGAGACUAUUUAGUCUUUAGGCAGCAGCAGCGCGUCGAGCUGUUAGUCAACAACGGCUAGGCUAGAUAGUUAGAAGAGCGACGAGUAAAACGACUUUCGCGACACGGAGAAAAACGCACGGAAUUAAAUUUUGACAAUCUUUUUUGUAUAAUAUCUCUCGAUAUCUUAUUAGGAUAAUCAUCUCGUGGAUAGAAUCGACGGAUAGAAAGGGACGUAGGAUACGUUAAUUUCUAUGAAAAAGAAGGGAGUAAGACAGUGGCCGAAAGAUGGGCAUUUUUUUAUACCAAAGAAAACGAGAUAAGAACGUUGAACUCUCGUUACACUUCGAAUCUCACGCGUUGGUUCUAAAGACGACUACGCGAAAUCUGUUGGCAAUACCACCGGGCGAACGGACCACGGAUCGAUGCCUACAAUUAUUAUUGAAUUGAUCGUUCCGUUGCGUCAUUCGAUCGCUCCAAAAAUCGCGUCCCUGACGCAGCUAAUAAAUUCGAAUAAUAUCGCACUCAAGGAUAUACGCGCGUAUUCUAUUUCCUCUUUUCUCUUGUUUCUGCGCAUCGGACAAGCGGAAUCUUUAUAUUUUUCUAUAUUUCUUUCGUCAAAUAAUAAUCGAAUAUGAAGGAACAGAGUUCGAUGAAUUUUUCGUUCAAUAAAGUUUCAACGAUCAAAUCGUACGGAAUCGUUUGACGCGUGGCAACGACCUAACAGGUAAAAUAGGUACGUAUUUCUUUACGAAACGAGAAAGUAUAAGUGUGAGCGAUAUACACGCACAAGCGGCCGAACUUUACGUUAUACUAUGCGCGAGGAUCAAUUAAAACAUGUCUGGAACGAUGCGAAUGAAGUGUUUUUAAAAGUGAACAUGAAAAAAGUCGGAUCGAUUUCUCGUCUUUUGAUAUAGCUGCUCUGUACAAACAUGUCUGUCAGAGAUUAUCGCACACGAUAAAAUAAAAUCUGAAUGUGCUCAAAGCG